GUGUAACACCGGCAGCGGGGAGUGGAACGGAGCGGUAAAACUUGUGAUUUAGACCUGGCCGUCGUCCUAGAACGCACAAUAAUGAUUCAUUUGGCCAUCUUUCUUCAAAGUUAGCCAGUUAAUUAGUCAGCCUUUGUUGGGUAAGUAGUCGUUGAACGCCAUGCGGUUGUGUUCUGAGGUGUAAAGUGUCACCCGUUGAUUUUUCAGUGUCGUACUGGGACGGGCAGGAGGACGAACGCCCACCUGACGAUGGGGAUUAGGUAUGAUGGGAAAGCUCUCUAAUCUCCGAUCUCUUGGAUAAAUCUUCCCAUGGACGCAAAUUAGCCAGGCCGUGGCGGUGUUUUUACAGGGAGCUCUUUUAACGCACACUUUUCAGUCACAUCGACCGCUCAAGAGUUUGGGUUCUGCGUUAAUGGGAUGGAUUUAACAAACUUUUGUUUUAGAUUAAAUCUACCGUGACUUUUUUUUUUACAAGCAGCUGAUGACUAUGAUAAAACAAUGCCAAUGUUUUGUCUACUGAACUGCUCAUUCGGUGUGAGGGUUAAAAAGAACUUUCCAUUUACCCGGGAAUAAAAAUCUGUUUAUGAACCUGAGGGGGGAAAAACAUCAACAACUUUUCGGCUUGUUUUCCGUGGUUGGCGGUGUGAAAUGGAGGGUGAGUUGAGACCGAGGCUUUGUUUCCUGACCAAAGGGGAGCGGGGGUAUGGGUUUCACCUCCACGGGGAGCGGAAUAAAGGAGGGCAGUUCAUUAGAAGAGUGGAGGCCGGCUCCUCGGCGGACCUGUCGGGCUUGCGAGCCGGAGACCGGGUCGUGGAAGUGAACGGGGAAAACGUGGAGCAAGACAACCACCAUCAAGUGGUUGAUCAUAUCCGUGCAGUGGAACACCGAACAAGGUUGUUAGUGGUCGACCGAGAUACAGAUGAAUACCUCCGAAGCCAUGGUUUGCCCUGCACCGAGGACCUGGCCAUCGAGAUGGGCACCUUCUCCCCUCGCCCUUCACCCAAGCCCACUCCUACUACCUCUCCCGCACCAAGAGAGAGCAGUCCAUGCUCAACCAAAUCCCCAUCUGCACACUCAACAACACAGCCGUUCACAUACAGUAUCACACAUGCUAAGACGGCCAAACGAUCAUCGAUGACAUCGAGUUUGGAGACAGACACAGAGUUGCCGGCAGAGCUGUCGUCAGAAUUGUCCAAGGCAACGGCUGAGUUCCUCCCCCGUCUGUGUCACCUGGUGAAAGCAGACUUGGGCUAUGGCUUCAACCUACACAGCGACAAGACGCGGCUGGGACAGUUCAUACGUUCUGUGGACCCCGGCUCAGUAGCAGACAAGGCUGACAUCAGGCCUGGAGAUAGGCUGGUCGAGGUGAAUGGAGUGAACAUUGAAGGCCUCAGGCACUCGGAGGUUGUCGCGUUCAUAAGGGCAAGUGGCAAGGAGACAAGCCUCCUCGUUGUUGACCAGGAGACUGAUGAGCUCUUCCAGAGGCUAGGGGUCACACCCACCAGCAGCCAUGUCAAAGAGGUCUAUGUAGACGAGCAGAUCACAGAGAGUCCACUUCCCUCCCCCUCUCCGACCGCUGAUCUCCCUGCAACGCAUCCACCUAUUAUCAAUGUCACGCUGACGGAUUCACCAAUCACAAAUAGUUCCCCAAAAUCGAGGACCAAUGGGAGUUCAGCAUCCCAAUCCUCCAGAGGCUCCACCACCCAAUCGGAGUUCAGCAGCUCAGACAUGAGCAUUCCGGUCCCUGAUGAUGAUGAGAGGCGCGUGUCAGACCCAUUCCUUGAAUGCGGCCUGCGUCUUAGUCCUACUGCGGCCGAGGCCAAAGAGAAGGCACAUGCUAAACGCAGCAAGAAGAAAGCACCUCCCAUGGACUGGAGCAAGAAACAAGAGAUUUUCAGCAACUUCUGACUGGAGGGGGGGGGGUGCAAGAGAGAGAAAUUGUCAAAGAGCAAAGAGAGGCUAAAAUAUUGACUGGUAAACAGAGACUAGUUAGACAAAAAUGUUGUAAUUCUCUGCACUUCUCUUUAAAAUCAUACAUUUCAAUUAAUGGGCCAAAGGUAAUUUGACAAGAAGAGAAGCUGCUUGAGGCAUUUUAUCAAAAACUGUUCAACGUGGAAAUACAAUCCAAUCCAAGAUUUGGAAUGCUGUACAGGCUUAUUUUAUCUCUGGAGACAAACACAGAUUUGAAUGGAGGUGUUAAUAGUCUUAAGCCCCAUUCAAUUAAACUACAGUCCUGAAGAUCAUGUUUUUCUGACACCUACGAUUUGUGAUAACUGCAUUGGUUUGAGCUUUCUAAAACCCAGAGUUCAUUAGUGAGAUGAACUAAUGCUGUUUAGUCAGCACCUUCCCCACCUCUGAAAACAAAACAAAACAUAGUUGAACCUGAGUUUUAGUUAUUCUUGUUGUACUUUCUGUUGGUAUAGUUUUUCAAUGAACUUGGUCUGUUAUAUCUGCAUGCUAGCUUCAAUAGUUUCCUUUUCAAAGUUGCUGCAACCUGCCUAUGUUCUUCCACAUUUGGCUCCCAAGGUGAAGAUGGUGCAAAGCAUGAUAUACGAUUUUUCCCAGAAUGUCCUACCCAAUAUAAACCAUUCAGAAUAAGCCACUAUAAAAGCGUUUAUAAUUUGGGCAUUGGUUGAUAUGCUAUUGUUUUAAAUACAGCAGAAAGAGGAAGUAUCAAAAAAGAUAUUUGUUUCCAUGCAAGUCUUCCAGAAUGUAGCUUUAAAGAGGACACUUAUCAACCAAUGUCCCCCUUACACCUGUCAUUACCAUGCACCCUCAAAUGCACAUUGUCUCUAGAUGUGAUUAAGUCUAGUAUAUCAUACAUGGCAGUUAUAUGUGUCUCUAGUGUUCACAUUUAGAUCCAACUGCACUUUCUUGCAAAAAUCCAAAACAACAUGCAUGUGAAUUCUUUGCAGAAUGUGAAAUGAUUUUAAAGAAAAACCCCCCAUCAAGCAGGCAGUGGUAAACAUUUGUUAAGUUGAGCUGUUAUUUGCACUUUUUCUCGAUUUUCGAAGUGGAGCAAGCCAAGGAGCCUUAAACUGGCGUAUACUGAAGGUGACUACAGAGGAGACGGCAGUUUUUAGGCAGCUGUUCUCAUCUCAGCUCUCAGCGCCAUCCCUGUCCGGAGGACUAUUUUGAUGUGGGAAAGAAUAUAUCCAUUUCCAUUCACUGAGCUAGGCUGAUUGACUUUCUUCUGCACCAUGGAUUAUCAUUGUUUCUAAUGUACUCCUUCUUGUUAGCUAUCCACAUGCAUUUGAACAUGCACUAUGGCAAAGUUAUAUUUCUUCCCACAUAGAUGUUGAAUAUGGAUAGGAGACAAUUGUACUUACAUCUUAUUCAAAUGUGGUCUAAAUGCAUUUCUGACCAUUUUAUGUGCCGCUGUGCAGGCGGCAGAUUGACUUUCUUCUACACCAUGGAUUAUUAUUGUUUCUAAUGUACUCCUUCUUGUUAGCUAUCCACAUGCAUUUCAACAUGCACUAUGGCAAAGUUAUAUUUCUUCCCACAUAGAUGUUGAAUAUGGAUAGGAGACAAUUGUACUUACAUCUUAUUCAAAUGUGGUCUAAAUGCAUUUCUGACCAUUUUAUGUGCCGCUGUGCAGGCAGCAUGGUGGCCCAGUGGUUAGCACUGUUGCCUCAAAGCAAGAAGGUGCUGGGUUUGAACCCCAGGCCGUCCCAGGUCCUUUCUGUAUGGAGUUUGCAUGUUGUCUGCGUGGGUUUCCUCUGGGUGCUCCGGUUUCCUCCCACCAUCAAAAAGACAUGCAUGUUAGGGUUAAUACUCCUGUCUGUGCCCCUGAGCAAGGCAAUGGAAAGAAGAACUGGAGUUGGUCCCCAGACGCUGCAGCUGCCCACUGCUCAUAUGCAAUAGGAUGGGUAAAAAGACAAAUUUCAUUGUAACCAAACAACUGUACAAUGGCAAAAAUAAAGUGGCUUUCUUCUUUUUAAUCCUUUCCCUAUACCUGAGCCACGUGGUCAUGUCAGGUGUAACGGGGACCUGAGAGACUGAACAAAGUGGUGUCUCAUCAGGACAAAAACCGCCGUCAUUCCAGAGAUAUAAAUGGUCAUAAUCUACAACAGCCCUACUCCUCUCCUCUCCUCUCCUGUGUCUGCCUAGCUGUGUCACCCAUGGCAAUGGUGUUAGAAACGUAUGCGUUUUUGGGCUGUGCUUAGGCAUAUUAACUGCUGUAUCGCAUUUAAUCUUUUUGAAAACACUGGUUUCAUUUUAUUUCUAAGGAUUGAAUCGAUGCUAUUCAAACUGUUGGCAGAACCAUGCUGUAGCUAUGCCUUUCUGUCCGUGUAGUUAAUUGUCUAUAACUUUUAGCGCAAAACUUGAAAUGUAAAGGUUUAGGCUGUGAUGCAAUUCAUCUGACCUUGUGUAUAUCUACUUGAAUGAUCCCAGUAAAAGAAAGCGUUCAAGCGAGGCAGUUUUACCGGAACAUACCGUUAACCGAGACAGUGCCUUCAGAAGGUAUUCACCCUGUUUGAACUUUUCUACGUUUUGUUCCUGUUACACCUCCAGAUUUUAACACAAUGCAAUGGCAAUAUUCAACACA